CUUUCCUGCACCUCAUAUUCAACCGAAUAUCGCGAGACUCGUCCUGGUUCACGCUCAAAGAUAUCAAAGCCAAACGCUCCCGCAUCCGCGAGCUCAUGGACAACUACGAAAUGGAGUACUGGACCCCCAAACUCGAACAAAAACUCGAACAACAAGACCAACAGAGGAGGGACGAGAAACGCCGCAUGAUCCACGAGAACAAACAAGCUACUGCUGCCCGAGCCGCUGGGCUGACACACAAAGAGAAGCUGAAGCGGCACGAGAAAGAGCAAACGGAGGAAGACGGCGAAUAUGAUCCGCGGUUUCCGAGAGCCCAGCCGCGACCCUCCGCGACGAGCACCGCAUCCAUGCCUGCCGCCGGAACAGCGGGUCUGCCUUCUGGAAAACUGAAUCUGAACGCACGGUUUCAGAAAUAUUGGGCUAGCAAAGAAGCGGCGGAGAAAGCAUUGGAAGCCGAAGAAGCACCAGCACGGCAAGAAGCGGAAGAAGCUGAAGAAGCUGAAAGAGCAGAAGCAGGACGAGCAGAAGCAAAAGAAGCACCCAGCAUGGAGCUGUCUCAGACCGCGGGCGAGAAGAAACGUAUUGACCUUGCGGAGUAUCGGAUGCAGAAGGCGGAGCGAGCUAAACGAACGAGUCUAGGCUCUACAAUUGCGUCUUAAACUGUCGUAAUCACCGGCCGUUACGCACAUGCUUCUGUCCACCCACGAAAAGUGACCGGUUGGGGUUUGCGUGGUGGUUUGCACGUUGAGUAACGCGGCGUGCAAAACGAGCGAGUAUGUGUGUAGAGCGUGCG